AUGAAUACAAGAAAUUUAUUGGUUUCAAUUAUACUCAUUGCUUUUCAAUGUCGGAAUAAUGCACUUUUGCUCGGAGUUCAACAAAAAGCCGUGUUUAAUAAAAACUUAACAAGUCGAAGUUUUGCUGUGGGUGACACUCUGAUUUCACGGACCCGACCUACUUUACCACCAGGCCGGUGCCAUGUGUCUCUCACUGUCAACCCAUCGCCUGCAAUUCUUGGAUCCUUGGUCACUUUCUACUCUAUGCUGAAUUGCUCAGUAAUUCCUCCAAUCGAAUACCAAUGUUGCUAUUACUUUUGGCAGGAUAACUUCUCAGAAAAUACAUCCAUGACUGUUGGACUCAUGACUUCAUUUCUUUCCAAAAUCUAUGAACCUCGGUCGAUUAUGAGAAACAAAUAUAUCAUGGAAGUUAUGGUCUGUUGGAAGAAAAUUUUAGUAAAGUCGCAACGAAAGGACCUUAAAAAUAGUGUGUGUAAUUAUUCUGUGGCAUUGAACACAACCGUGUUUGAACUAACAGUUACACUGAACGGCUUUUUGAAGUUUAAACAAGAUAGAGAUUACCGUGGAAGUCCGUCUGUAUUGAUGGUUGGGAAAGAAUCAGUUGCUAUGUUUGUUCCGACUGACCAAAGACUGGAAAUGUUGACCUACAAGUGGAGAGUAAAUGCUAGCAUUUAUAUGGAGUCCAGAAAUUCUUCUAUUCAUUUCAUUCCUGCAAAUGUCGGCAUGAUCUCUGUGGAAGUUCAUGUAUUUGACAAUGUUUCACACAAUAUUGGACAUUUUAAACAUUCUAUUCAAUGCAAAGACCCCAUUUUGGAUGCCUUCAUUAAAGGAGACAAACAGUUACUUGUCGAGAGCAAUGGAACAUUUAUUGUUACCUAUGUGGGAAGUGCUCCUUUUAGUUUUUGUUGGAGAGUCGAGCCAUCGGAUUACUCUGAGGACUGGACUUGUAUGUACAAUCUAUCCAACACAGUUGGUAAUGUCAUGGGGAGUGCAGUCUUCUCUGUCCAAGCCAAUAGACAAAGUGGUCAGCAGAAAAUCAUUGCAAACUUGACAAAUGAUGUCAGCAAAAAAGUUCUCACUUUUCAAUUCCGAGUUUUCCCUACAGGUGAGUUCUUCAUUUGA